AUGGCGUCACAGUUCUCCUUCUUCGACCCGAACGAGCCGAAGUGCCGGGCCAUCCUGCUGGACCCGCGGACCUCGGUGCCGGAGCUGUUCGCCGUGCUGCGCCAGUGGGUGCCCCAGGUCCAGCAGAACAUCAGCCUGAUCGGGAACGAGAUCCUGAAGCGCGGCUGUGGAGUGAACGACCGGGACAGCCUGACGGACAUGACCCUGCUCCAUUACACCUGCAAGGCAGGGGCGCCGGGAAUCGGUGAGUCCGGCCCGGCCGUUGGCACGCUGCGUUUCUGCGGCGGGACGGAGUUUGCCAGCGGGCAGUGGGCCGGGGUGGAGCUGGAUGACCCGGAAGGGAAGAAUGACGGCUCAGUUGGUGGGGUCCAGUACUUCAGCUGUCAGCCCAAACACGGGAUCUUUGCUCCCCUGUCGAAGAUCGGCAAGGCCUCAGAGCGCCGCAGGGCGACCCUCCGCAGCUCCACGCCUCUGCGGUCAGGGAGGCUGGACCUGUCGCACGGUCACUGUCGCCCUGCACUGGGUCCCACACUCCCCUGGGUCACUGUCGCCCUGCACUGGGUCCCACACACCCCUGGGUCACUGUCGCCCUGCACUGUGUCCCACACACCCCUGGGUCACUGUCGCCCUGCACGACCGCGUGGUUCAGCUGUUGAGCCACCGUUUCAGGCCUCUGUCUCUAAUCUCCCGUCACUGAGGCUCAGCGCUCUGUCCCCCAGGUCCCGGGCCCAGGACUCCGUCCGCGAGCAGCGUGGUGUCGGAGGAGCCGGAGGUGCAGCUGGGGGAGCGAGUGCUGGUGGUGGGGCAGAGGACCGGCGUGGUGCGCUUCUGUGGCAAGACCAGCUUCGCCCCGGGAUCCACGGCUCUCUGGACUCCCUGUCGGAGCUCUCGGCUGCUCGGCUCAACCACACCUUCCCAGGAAUGCGCCGGAGCCUGAGCACCUCGUCCGCCCUCACUGCCCAGAGGGAGGCCAGCCGCAGGAGCCCGGUCAGCAGGACCCGCCCGCCGGGCCUGCGGCGCAGCUGGAGCACCGCCAGCACUGGCAAGGCAGCCGGGGGCGCCGGCGCGGGGACCCCCGGCUCGGAUGGCGCCGUCAAGCUGCACCUGGGCAUGACGGUCCUCCUGACCAGCGCCAACGAGAUGGGCACCGUGCGCUACCUGGGGCCCGCGGACUUCGCCCCCGGGCUGUGGCUGGGCCUGGAGCUGCGCGCCCCCAAGGGCAAGAACGACGGCUCGGUGGGAGACCGGCGCUACUUCAGCUGCCGGCCCGGUCACGGAGUACUGGUGCGGCCCAGCCGGGUCACCUACAGGGGCAUCAACGGCGCCAAGCUUGUGGACGAGGGCAGCUAGAGAGGGUGGGGGAGAGGGGGGCAGGGCAGGGCAGGUGCAGGAGCAGACCACUUCCUGCCCUGUGCGUUGGGGGGGACACUCUCUGACGUGAUCUCGCAGCUCCGCUCUUUCCCACACUGCACUGCAGCGAUGCCAGCCUGAGGUCAGGUCAUUGGGCGCUCAGCCACAGACUAGGACACACCCCCACUGCGCGGGUCUGGGGGUUUCCUGCAGGUGGGCAGGUCAGUGCACAACUGCGUUGGUCUGGUCUUGGUCUGGGAGUGAGCAAAUUGGGUGGGUGGGGGGGCGGAUUCCAAUCCUGCCAGUGGGAUUGCACUGGACCUGUGACCGAAACCGUGUCGGUGGUGGUUUUUUUAUCUGGCUGCGGUGUUCCUGCUCUGGGCUCCCAGGUGUGAGCUUCCUUCCUCCCAGGCUGUUAACUGGGUUCAGCUGGCAGCCCCUGAACCAGCCUGGUGCCAGCCUGCUGCCUGGUCCGGGCAGAUUCCUUAAAUCGUGCCAGAGGGGCAGAGGAGGCUAUAUUCCGGACAGCACUGGGGGCUUCGUUAACAUUGUCAUUUAAAAUCAGUCGGAGCCUCCUGCAGCUCUGCAGUGGUUCUGGUGGGGGACAGCCAGUAGGGGGCGCCGUCUGGCCUGGGUCCGCAGUCCGUAGCACAGUGAGCUGGGCUCCUCCUGCCCCUCCUGCCCCUGUCCUCUGCGCCCUCGGUGACCCACUGGCAAGCCCUUCUUCCCAGUCUGAGCCCCGAUCGCCCUGGGGUUUGAGAGACACCCAGGCGCUUUGGGCCGGGGCCACUCUCGGCGCCCUGCCACUGAUCCGAAUGACCCCCCCACCUUCUGUCAUCGGGUUUCGAGCAAUUCAGUUGAAUGAAGCAAUUAAAGAUGCUGUCUGAACUGAGGCGCUGUUCAGAGCACAGAAACCAGCACAACUCGCCCAGGGCUUUCAGGGGGGCUUGUCCAGGGUCUGGCUGACCACACAGCUCUUCCCCGAGUCUUGAAGCACACAGCAGCCCUGCGCUGCCCACUGGGAGCCUUCUGCCUGCUUGAGGCUGUCCUGAUGGGAUACGAUAAGCCUUGCUGCUGUUGAGCCAACGGGUGUCCGUAUAUAAAUGUCUAGUACCUAAAUUCCCAAGUGCUUUCGUUUUCGGUGUGUUUGCUCAUCAGUGAGUCAGUGUUUGCAGUGUAUUUGCGAGUGGUGUUUCUCGCCGCCCUAGUGGACAUUAGAUGACUAGCGCUUUGACGCUGUAUGUACUGACGGACCUGCUGGAAGGCGAAGUGAGGAUCCAGCCCAGACCCUUCAGAUCCCCAUGGACUGGUGGUGUUGGUUCUGUCCACCCAGGUUCCGGUGCUGCUGACAGAUGAGCCCGUUGAUUGAGCUCUAAUGAAGAGGGGCUGGGCUGGCACCAUUCCUGGGGUGGGAGAGAUGAAGAAUCUGCAGUGGACCUUCACUCUGUGUUGUCAUAUCAACAUGUAAUGGAAAGCAGCGCCCCCCUGUGGUGACAGGCGCGGAGUUGAAAUCCCAUGACCAGACAAAUGAGUUGAGUGUGUGACAAUCGAGAGCAGAGCUAACGGCAAUACAGGGCCCCUCCAGGUCACUGUGGGGUGGGAGUGGCUGGAGCAAGCUCCUUGAUUGUUUAAUUGAUAUUGGAAGUGACAGAACAGCUGAAAUGAGCUGCGCUUGUCUUGGAGCUCUACAACGUAGUGAAGCAGAAGGGGCCGUGCACUGACUGGCCCGGAUGUGAGGGUCUUAGAUCUUUUGAAUAUUUUUUCAAAUGUGAGAAGGCAUUAUCUUGCAAUACUCCUGAAAGGAAAUGCAAUAAUUAGAAGUUUGAUUUUUUUUUUCCUGGAUCUUGGCCAGCCCUCCCGGUCUCUCCCAGUGCUGGUGUGGGGUGUGCGCCAGUUUGUCUGUGAGGCGGUCAGCCUGCUGCAGGUGCAGGACAGCGGAGACAGCCCAGCAGACAGACAG